GGGCUCCCAGGCCGCCUGGUAGGCCAAGGGCCUGCGCCCGGGACGAAUGGGAAGCUGGUUUCCGUGGACUAGUCUCUUACAACCCGAAGUUCCUCGGCUCCUUUAGAAGAGCAAAAAAUAAAAGAUGACGGAGGGCCGUCGAUGUCAGGUACAUCUCCUUGAUGACAGGAAGCUGGAGCUCCUAGUACAGCCCAAGCUUUUGGCCAAGGAGCUUCUUGACCUCGUGGCAUCUCAUUUUAACCUGAAGGAAAAGGAAUACUUUGGAAUCGCAUUCACGGACGAGACGGGACACUUGAACUGGCUUCAGCUGGAUCGAAGAGUCCUGGAGCACGACUUCCCCAAGAAGUCUGGACCCGUUGUUCUGUACUUCUGUGUCAGAUUCUAUAUAGAAAGCAUCUCCUACCUGAAGGACAACGCCACCAUCGAGCUCUUCUUCCUGAACGCCAAGUCCUGCAUCUACAAGGAGCUUAUUGAUGUUGACAGUGAAGUGGUGUUUGAACUGGCUUCCUACAUUUUGCAGGAAGCAAAAGGUGAUUUCUCUAGCAAUGAGGUGGUGAGGAGUGACCUAAAAAAGCUGCCAGCCCUUCCCACCCAAGCCCUGAAGGAGCACCCCUCCCUGGCCUACUGUGAAGACAGAGUCAUUGAGUACUACAAGAAGCUGAAUGGCCAGACGAGGGGUCAAGCAAUUGUGAACUACAUGAGUAUCGUGGAGUCUCUCCCAACCUAUGGUGUCCACUAUUAUGCAGUGAAGGACAAGCAGGGGAUACCGUGGUGGCUGGGACUAAGCUACAAAGGAAUCUUCCAGUAUGACUACCAUGAUAAAGUGAAGCCAAGGAAGAUAUUCCAAUGGAGACAGUUGGAGAAUCUGUAUUUCAGGGAAAAGAAGUUUUCUGUGGAAGUUCAUGACCCCCGCAGGAAGAGUGGAGGUUGGGAAGGGAAUCCAAGUCAAAGUACCAGUGGUGGAGAAGGAGGAGAGGAGGAGGAUAGUUCACAUCAGUCCAAGAUCCAUGCAGCACGGAGUCUGAGCGAGAUCGCCAUUGACCUAACAGAAACAGGGACGCUGAAGACCUCGAAGUUGGCCAACAUGGGCAGCAAAGGGAAGAUCAUUAGCGGCAGCAGUGGGAGCCUGCUGUCCUCAGGUUCUCAGGAAUCAGAUAGCUCACAGUCGGCCAAGAAAGACAUGCUGGCUGCCUUGAAAUCCAGGCAGGAAGCUCUGGAGGAGACGCUGCGCCAGAGGCUGGAGGAACUGAAGAGAUUGUGUCUCCGGGAAGCUGAGCUCACAGGCAAACUGCCUGUCGAAUAUCCCCUGGAUCCAGGAGAGGAACCACCUAUUGUUCGGAGAAGAAUUGGAACAGCCUUCAAGCUAGAUGAACAGAAAAUUCUGCCUAAAGGAGAGGAAGCUGAGCUGGAACGCCUGGAACGAGAGUUUGCAAUUCAGUCCCAGAUCACCGAGGCUGCCCGCCGCCUAGCCAGUGACCCCAAUGUCAGCAAAAAACUGAAGAAGCAAAGAAAAACCUCAUAUCUGAACGCACUGAAGAAGCUGCAGGAGAUUGAAAAUGCAAUCAACGAGAACCGCAUCAAGUCAGGGAAGAAACCCACCCAGAGGGCGUCCCUGGUCAUAGACGAUGGAAAUAUCGCCAGUGAAGACAGCUCCCUCUCCGAUGCCCUUGUUCUUGAAGAUGAAGACUCUCAGGUCACCAGCACACUAUCCCCCCUACAGUCUCCGCACAAGGGACUCCCUCCUCGGCCACCAUCGUCACACAACAGGCCUCCUCCCCCGCAGUCCCUGGAGGGGCUCAGGCAGAUGCACUAUCACCGCACCGACUAUGACAAGUCACCCUUAAAGCCCAAAAUGUGGAGCGAGUCCUCCUUAGACGAGCCUUAUGAGAAGGUGAAGAAACGCUCCUCCCACAGUCAUUCCAGCAGCCACAAGCGCUUCCCCAGUACAGGAAGCUGUACUGAGGCAGGAGUAAGCAGCUCCUUGCAGAACAGCCCCAUCCGAGGCCUCCCGCACUGGAAUUCCCAGUCUAGCAUGCCGUCCACUCCAGACCUGCGCGUCCGGAGUCCCCACUACGUACAUUCCACAAGGUCGGUAGACAUCAGUCCCACGAGACUGCACAGCCUCGCACUGCACUUUAGGCAUCGGAGCUCCAGCUUAGAGUCCCAGGGCAAGCUCCUGGGCUCAGAGAAUGACACCGGGAGCCCCGACUUCUACACUCCGAGGACUCGUAGCAGCAAUGGCUCGGACCCCAUGGAUGACUGCUCGUCGUGCACCAGUCACUCAAGCUCAGAGCACUACUACCCGGCGCAGAUGAACGCCAACUACUCAACGCUGGCGGAGGACUCGCCAUCCAAGGCGCGCCAGCGGCAGCGGCAGAGGCAGCGGGCAGCAGGCGCCCUGGGCUCAGCGAGCUCCGGCAGCAUGCCCAACCUGGCAGCACGCAGCGGGGCUGCAGGCGCGGGUGGCGGCGUGUACCUGCACAGCCAGAGCCAACCAAGCUCGCAGUAUCGCAUCAAGGAGUACCCGUUGUAUAUUGAGGGCAGUGCCACACCCGUGGUGGUGCGCAGCCUGGAGAGUGACCAGGAGGGCCACUACAGCGUCAAGGCCCAGUUCAAGACCUCUAAUUCCUACACGGCUGGUGGCCUGUUCAAAGAGAGCUGGCGUGGGGGUGGCGAUGAGGGUGAUGCAGGCCGCCUUACACCAUCGCGCUCCCAGAUCCUGCGGACUCCUUCGUUGGGGCGGGAGGGCGCCCAUGACAAAGGCUCUGGCCGUGCUGCGGUAUCAGACGAGCUGCGCCAGUGGUACCAGCGUUCCACAGCCUCGCACAAGGAGCACAGUCGCCUGUCGCACACCAGCUCCACCUCCUCCGACAGCGGCUCUCAGUAUAGCACCUCUUCCCAGAGCACCUUUGUGGCGCACAGCAGGGUCACCAGGAUGCCCCAGAUGUGCAAGGCCACAUCAGCUGCCUUACCUCAAAGCCAGAGAAGCUCAACACCGUCCAGUGAAAUUGGAGCCACCCCACCAAGCAGUCCCCACCACAUCCUGACCUGGCAGACUGGGAGCUACAGUGAUAGCUGCUUCUUGGAUUCCUCCCUCUAUCCAGAGCUAGCUGAUGUCCAGUGGUACGGGCAGGAAAAAGCCAAGCCCGGGACCCUCGUGUGAGCCAGCCCGGCCUGUUCUGACCGCCGCACGCCAUUCUGAGUCACCUCACUGCCUCUCAGUUGCCUUACCCAGACACACUGUCACCUGCACCAGCUUCGGCCCUUGGCACUUUUUUUCUCCUGUCUCCACAUCCCCUUCAUCCUCAAAAACCUGACUGAGGAGACAUUCUGGAAGGUUCCGAUCCCACUGUGUGUCCCCUGGCUCUCUUACCCAAAGAGCCAGACAACAAUCCUCAAUGGCACCUUGGUGGUUUCCCCCCUGCCAUGACAGCCCAGGCCAGGAACUGUCAGGGAAGCCAACACAUGCAAUUCCUGUGGAAGAGAAUGGUUGGAAGAGCGUUGGUAGGGAAUGGAAAAAAGAAAGACCUCUCUGUGCAGACUGUGAAGCUGCGUCCAGCUGCCACCACCACAGGCCACUGGGUGCUUCCAGAGGGGGCUGCCUCAUGGGGACAUUCAGUUUACACCUGAGAUAGUCUCUGUUCUGUAGUGAGACAGCCUGCAAGCGUACCUGAGGACCAGCGCUUCAGAGACGCCUCGGAGGAUCACAAGCGGUUCUAUGCUGCCAAAGAUUAGACACAUUCAACAAUAAACAGAUAGGAGGGGCCAAGAGGAACACACUUUCUCUGCAGUGAAACUCCUUCUCAGUUCCACACUGCUUCUAUGCAGCACAAGUGAAAGUGAACCAUUUGUAAAGCGUGUCCUGUCGUGAGCCGUCUGCCGUCCCGUCCACUUCUCCCGACCCGAGAGCCUGGAAAUGCACCCAAUGGGACAGUGAAGAUGGAGGAGGCUUGGCUGGCCUGGCAGACGCAGAAUCUGUCUGUCUGGCCAUGAAAGGGAAACAGGCUGGAAGGAGCGCCCUGUGCAGGGGCCUCAGCCUGCACCUCCCAAGCUGCUUUCCUCUUCGGAUUGGUCGGAAGCUGAAGGUGAUCAUUGCCAAAAGCAGGUCUCACUCGUUAAAACAGCCAGUAAAAGUGUAACCUUUCUGUUUUGUACAAGGCGUUUCAUUUUCUUUUUUAUGGGAAACCAAGGGAAAAAGCACAUUGCGGUCUAUUCAAGUGUUUUACUGUUGUGGCUCAUUUUGUUUGUUAGCACUUGUGUGACAAAGAACUCAGACGGACCUCUCCUGUGUGUCACUUAGUAAGAACCCAAGUAUGCCCUUAGGUAGGAAGAUUUUUAUGUGUCUACCAGCCGGCAGGCAGAGCAGAGUUGAAGCAACUCGGCUCCCAAAGGGCCCAUUCACCUCCAGCAGUAUCCAUGACUUUGAUUUACCACCUCUGUCCACAGAUACCAAGAGGAUAAAAGGCGGCAAAAAAAAAAAAAAAGCAUGCGUGCAAGCUGCUCGUUUACAUGUGUUUUGAGCUAUGCUUAACACACAACCAAAAGCCAUCAAUCUUCAAAGGCCUCGAAAUUUUAUAAUAACUAACCAGUGAACAGUCUUAGCUGGGUUACUCAAGAUGGUGCCAGAGUUUUCGUGGAGGUAGUACAUGUGAAUCUAAGUGGGCUUGCGGGUCGCCUUUGUGCUGACUUCCUAUGCGAAAGGCAUCCAGGAACAGGAGCCAGGGUGUUGGAAAGCAGAUCUAAAGUUAGCUGUGGCAUCAAAAGAAAGACCUGUUGUUCAUGUAUGUGAAUCCAAGAGCAACAGUAGACUCCACCAGCCCAGGAGGGGAAGGGCCAACCCUGUGGCUCACUCUGCAGUGGCUUGGAAAGCUCUGGAAGUCAAGUGGGAGCAUUUCCACAGUCAGAAGCAUUCAUAACAUGCGUCUUAGGCCUCCUCCGCCAUUUUCCACGCCCACUCAAGGCCAGGUACCCCAGCGCUGGGCACGCUGGCUUGAUGAUCCCAGCUUUCAGAAACAGUACUCUUCCGGACACGUGUGGGGUAACCCUGUAGGAUUGGUAGGGACUGGAUAAUGGUACAAAUGAACCCGGGGCUCGACGGAGAUGGGGCUACCUUUGUUUGUUCCUAUUAUGAUGAUGAUCAGAGCUACAAAACGCAGGUUUAUUUGGGGAUUUUUUUUCCCUUCCUUCCCUAAUAGGAAAUGUGACACAUUGGGUCAACUUUUUACUUCCAAAAAGAGAUGCCUGAAUAAUUAGAUUGAACUAUGGUGCAGCAGGAAAAGUCCAAAGGGAAACAAAGAAUAAGACAAGGUUACAUGGUUACAGGUUAUAACAUAGACAGCAGUUUGAGAAACAGUUCUGAAUUCGGUUGGAUCAAUGAGAGAGGCAGAAAGAAUCUAAAAUGUAAUACAUUUGGGGAGCAGAGAGGAAUUGUAUGGGAGCUGUGAACACCAUCAGGAGAGUCUGGUAGUAAGGACCGAGAUUAAGUAAAACAGGUUUUACUGUUUAGCUGUGUUCAGUUAAUACAAUGUACAUAUUAAGCAUAAGUCCUUUGAGACGGACAUACAUGGUCGGUGUGGUGGGGAACACUCUGGGUGUUGUAUUCAAGCACCUGCAAACGCUUAAAGAUCCCUAUUUCUUUAAAGGAAGAUGAGCUAUGAAGCCCCCAGUCUGGUCUAACGCCCCUAUUGGAUUCUUUGGGUACAUGUAAGAAAUUGCCUGUUUCAGCCAGAAGACUAUGUUGUGAGCCAGGUUGGUUUAUUUUGUUAUAUGCAGGUGAGUGUUGAAACUGUUAAAAGCCCAAUUUGUUUUCAUUCAGUAUUAGUUUAGUUCUAAAUAUAGCAAACCUCAUCCAGGUGCUAUCAGAUGACCAAUUACUGCUUAGUUAACUAGGUGUAAAGUUUUACAUAUCCAUUCAUGUCAAUAGUUUAUUACAAGUUGUGUAAAAUGGACUCUAGUUUAAUAAUGGGGGGAAAGAUUAGGUUGCUCCUGAAAUUGACUGUAGAGCAUGUACAAUGAUUUUACUGGAUUCUGUUCAACGGUAAUCAAUGAAAAAGAUGUAUGUUGUAGACAAAGUUGCAGAAUUAAAAGAGAAAUCUGCUUUUAAUUUAUUCUUUUUGUAUUAAGAAUUUGUAUAGUACCUUUACAUUUUGCAGAACAGUGUUGUCAACACUUAUUAAAGCAUUUUCAAAAUGAAAA